AUGAUAGUUAUAAUAUUCAUUAUAUUAUUAUUUGAAAUAAUAUUAAUAAAUAAUGAUAAUACUUAUAGUACCAUUGAUAAAACAAACCUGAAUUCUAACAGUUCUAGCGUGUCUAUAUCAAAUGAUAAAAAUUAUGAAUACCUUGUUAAUACAUCUGAAAGAAAUAAUAGAAUAAUUUGUGUGAAAAAGGAAUAUAAUGAUUUAAUUUAUUAUGUAUAUGAUAACCAAUGUGAUCCACAAAAUACUUUUACCUUUUCUUUUAAUUCAACAUUUAAAUUUGAUGAGGAUUUUUAUUUAUCCUAUAAAAAAAAUAAAGAAUCUUUUAUAAAAACAAAAAUAACACCCAAUUUAGCUAUAGGGUCGUGCAUAAGUUGUUUUUUUCUUGAUGAAAUGAAUUUACUUAGCAUAUAUGGAUAUACAUUUAUUUAUAAAAACUCUAGUGAAACUGAAUAUAAAAACUAUUAUAAAAAUAUUAUUGAUAUUAACUAUAAUUUAGAGAAAACUAAUAAUUCAUUAUAUGAAAUAUCAGAUAGCAAAGAAUUGAAAAAUAGUGAUACUGUAAUAUCACAACACAAUAAUAUAUUAAAAGACAACAAUGAAGAUAUAAAAAGUUGGGUGUAUGAAGAAUCAAAUUCACAAUGGAAUACAAAUGCAGAAGAUACAGCAUUAUUAUAUAGUAAUGAAAAUUUAAUAUUACAAAAAUUUUUAAAAGAAAAUAGAAUACAUUAUGCUUAUGAUGAAAUAGGAAAAAGUAAGUUGUACAACACAUUUAGUGAUAAUAUGGGUUCUCAAAAUAAAAAUUCCUUAAAUGAGAAAAUGAUGGAUGAUUUUUUUAUACAUUUAAAAGAAAGAGAAAAUAAUUAUAAUAAAAAUAAUCUUACUUUAUUUGAUGAUAAGAAUGUUUUUGAUUUGAAAAAAUUAAAAAACAUAAUUUUUAAUAACGAGGAAUGCAAAUUUUUAAAAGAAGAUAUAAAUAAAAAAAAAAUAUGGUCUAACAUAAUUUUUGCUAGCUCUUUUACUAAUUUAAAAGUAUUAUCUCAUAUAAAUAACUAUAGUGGAACAUAUGAAGAAUUUAGGCAUUUCUCAUUUGAUGAAGAUUACAAAAAAAGAAAAAUAAAUGAUUUCAUAUCGAUAACCUUAGAUUUAAAUAACAAAGAAUAUUUGAAUAACAAUAAUAUAUUUAUUUUAAUAGCUAACGAUGAGAUUAAAUUUCUAAAUAAAUUGAAUUUCUGUUCAAAUAUUUUAAGUAAUGAUCCUUCUGUUGCAUAUAUAAAAAACUUAAAUGUAAUAACUGAAUAUAAAGAUGUAAAAAAUAAAUAUAUAUCAACAAAUGCAGAUAAUAUAGUAUUCUUGAUAAAAGUUUUAUAUUAUAAUAAUGAUAUACAUUUAUUUCUAAUUGAUGACAUUAGAGGUUUUGGUAAUCCUAUGAAAUUAAGUGUUCCUUUUUUUUUCUUAAUUUCUCAUUCAUAUUUUUCAGAGUUUACGCAUUUUUUCUUAAAAGACAAUAUAAUUGGAUGGAUUAAAAGGAAUAAAAUACUAUAUGUCAAAACUAUGAAUAAAAUCUUUACAUACCUUAAAGAGAGUACUAUUUAUUCUAAUAAAACAUAUGAUGUUAUAACCAUAGAAAACAAGAUGGUUUCUAAUAUAUACCUACUAUACUUAAGUCAUCACAUUUUUAAAUAUAUAAUAUUUGCAAGAUACAACCCUUUAAAAAAUUAUAGUUUACAUAAAAAUAUAAAUUUUGAAGCAGUUCUUCUAAAUAUGAUAAGUAAUUUUACAAAUGAAGAAUUAGCGAAUUAUAAAAUUUAUUUUGAAAAAGUUACAAAAAAAGAAAUUACAAAUUUAACGGAUAAAAAGAAAAUACAAAGAAUGGAUGUAUUUGAUAUAUUUGUAAUACCAUCAGUUAAUUAUGUAAAAUUUCAAAAUGUUUUGUCGAAAUUAUUCAAGGCAUUAUUUGAUUGUGGAGGUAGGCAUAUUUCUAAGUUACUAAAAAUUGUAAUUUUAAGGUCACAUUAUGAUAUGUUGUAUAAUUUUAAUUGCUAUAACUAUCAGUUGUAUAGCUUUUUAAUUAAUUUUUUAGAUUUACAUGAAUACUUUUAUGAGUAUACUGAUCUGAAUGACUUAUUUAAAGAAAGUCAAAAAAUUUUAAUAGAAUUAGUUAAAUUAGUACUUGAGGAAAUGAAUAAUUUGAUUCCUUUCAAUGAGGACAAAAAUUUAAUUAAAUAUCUUAUUAUUAUUCUUUAUUUUGGAAAUGAUAUGUUUUGCUUAGAUAAAGAAAAUUCAAUUUAUAUACAACUUAUUUAUGAAUUACGUCAUUUAAAUGUAUUUCAUGCUAUAAUAUUAGCAUAUCUAUCUGGAGAUAAACUUGGUACUUUAUGUAUGAGAAAAAAUGAAAUAGAAGCAAGUAAAAGCUUAGAAAUUGAUAGCAAAUUUAAUUAUGAUGUCUAUGAUGAUGAUAAUAUUUAUUUAAAAUAUGGAUGCCCACGUAAGUGUGACAUUAAUGAUUAUUCUUCUAUAUUUUUAAAAAAAUUUCAAAAAAAAUAUUUUGGUGAUUUUCAUGUGGCAAUAAGAUCAGCUAAUGAAUAUACGUUAGGAAUAAUUUUGGUUUCCUUUAUGGCAUCCGUAGUUUUUAUAGUGGGUGAAUUGGAUAAAGAACUAAAGAGAAUUUAUGUUUAUAGAAUUUUUAAAAAUAUAUUCAUAAAAAAUUAUGUUUAUAACAUAACAAAGUAUUAUACAUUCUGGAAUGGUAAACUUUACGCUUUUGAACAAUAUGAACCAGAAUGUAUCCUGUUAUUUAAUAAAUAUAAUUUAUAUGAAAAAUAUUACUUCUCCAAUAUUAUUGGUGAUUCUUUAAAAGUUUAUAAUUUGCAUAAUUUAAAAAAUUAUAAAGUGAGCAUGUUAAGAAUAUGCAGUGGAAAUAGAAACUUAAAUAAUAAUGAUGACCUAAUUAAUUAUUUUUCUGUAAAACGUGAUGCAUGUUUAUGUGAUAAAAACAUGAUAAAUCAACCUAAGAGUGACUUUGUUGUAAGUGAAUAUUUACAGUUAAGAUAUAAUUUUAUGAAAAAAAUGAAAAGAAGAAAUCAUGAAUUAUACGAAAAAAUGUUAAACUAUAAUUUUUUUAAUGAUCCUUUGAAUAUAUCAUAUAAAACAAAAAAUUUUCAAAAUGAAAAAAUGAUCAAUAUUUGUAAGGACAUAAAAUUUGAAAAGAAUCAUUUAUGUCUAUUUCAUAAAUCUAGAAUAAUAUUAACUUAUUUAUAUUUAUUAUCUUCUUCGCCUGAUUUAAUUUUUUAUGUGGUUAGUCCUCUUAUAUAUAUAAAGCCUCACAAGCAUUGUGACGCUUACGAUAUUCCAUUAAUUCUAAAUAAUAUGCUUAAAAAUAGAAAUUUCUAUAAGAAAAGUGCAAAAAUAUGUAUAAAUUAUGCUUUUGCUCAUUUUAUAUCUGUUCGAGAUAAAAUCAGUAAUUUAGUAAUUACUGCUAAAAUAAGUGGAACGAUGGUUAAUGUUAGUAAAAGAAAUUUAUUAUUACUUUUACCUUUAAGCAAAAGAGUAGAUAUAUUAGACUACUCAAAAAAUAAUGAAUAUGAUAUAAAAGAAGAAAUACUAAAUGAAUAUUUUAUAUUAGGAAAUCCUUAUACUCCAAUUAAUAUUAUUUCAUAUAGAUUUCAGGAUUAUGAUGAAGUAAAAAAAAAUUCUCAUGUCACAAUUUCUGGUGCCUUUAUAAAACAAUAUGAUGAAAAAUAUGUUACAUAUAAGAGCAUAACAAGAAAAUAUAACAAAAAACUUCAGUGUACUGAAAAUCAUGCGUUUGAAAUUAAUGGAAGAGUUUUAUGUUUUUGUAAUAUAUUAUCAAAUGACAUUAGCAAUAAUUGUUUGUAUCCAUUUUGCGAACAAAGUAAAAAAUUUUGUUAUGAAAAUGAAGAAUGUAUAGAUGGAAAAUGUGUAUGUGUUGAUGGAUAUUCAAGAAAUCCAAUGAGUUACUUAUGCGAAAAAAAUAAUGAAUGUAUGUUACAAGGAGAAGAUACUUGUGAAGAUCCUGGAUAUUGUGUACUUGCAAAAAACAGAUAUAUAUGUUUAUGUCCUUUUCCAUAUGUUAGGGUUUUAAAAACUUGUCUACAUCCUUUAAAAGGAAUAAAAAUAGGCUUAUAUGUUUUUAACAAUUUUGAAAAUGAAUUUUCAAAUGAUGAAGAUGAUGCUCCAAAAAAAGAAAAAUUUUAUACAAAUGUUUUUGGAUCAAUGUCUGAAUAUAUUAAAGCUGCUAUUAAUUAUAUUAUAGAACCUGAUUUAAAAUCAAGAAUUUAUGUUCAACCUAUAAAAAAGAUGAAAAAUGGAAUAAAAGCAACUAUAAUCAUAUAUCAAAGAGUUCAUCCCAAUGAACCUACACCAAUUGAAAUAUUUAAUAAUUUUUUAAAUCAAUUAUCUGAUUCCACUUCUGCCUUAAAUAAUGGAUUUUAUUCAUAUUUUGCUCGCUUCACAUAUAUAGAAUAUGUAGUACCCUUUUCUAAAAAUGAGGGACUUUCACCUUUUAAUCAAAAUUUAAUAAAAUACAUACCAAGUCUUUUUAUAAAAAUUUUGGAAAUUGAUAUGUUUAAUGACAUAUCAAUUAUUGCGUGUUUUAAUUUUAUUAUUUUAAUCGUUGUUACCCUACUACUCCUUUUAUAUUUUUUAUAUUUGUUUAUCAAAAUAAAAUUUUUUCAAAAUGAAAGAGUAAAAGCAUUUUGA